AUGGAUUUUGUCGAUGAGUCAGAUGGUGGCAGUGAAGAGGACAGUGAUGAAAACGUAGAUAACCUACAUGCUGACGAAGCUGAAGUCGAUGAACCUCAAUCCGGUGAACCUGAAGGCAAACAAGCUUCGUAUAACGUUGGUGAUUUUGUAAUAGAAUUGUUUGAGAACAACACGUUUCCUGGUCGUAUUACUGCGACAAGGGAAAAAGGCGCAGAAGUAGAUUGCAUGGAAAAGAGGUCAAAAAGCUGGCGGUGUCCGACAAAAAAAGAUUGUAUCGAAUAUGAGUGGGGCGACGAUUACGGCAAAAUCGAACCACCUAAGUUAUGCAAACGUAAUUUUUUCCGGGUUCCAGACCUUGACGAGUUUGUUUGA